GUUGGUGAAAAAAAAUAGGGUACCUCGUAGAUGCGUAGACAUCGGAUGCUUGGAAUUCACGUCUGAAGCUUAGUCUCGCCAUACCAGCGUCCAUAAUAAAGCUAGCUCAGAGACCAUGGCAACAAAAACCCUGGAAGCAACCGCUCCCGAAGAGCAACAAACCGCCUCUUCCACCAAGAAGCGCAAGUCUGCUCUCACCGAAAUCGAGGUCGAUCUCUCGCUCCCGGAACCACCUUCCAAGAAGGCGCGCCGCGCCCUCAAGAAGGGCAAGACACUGCCCGCAAAGCCAUCGUCAAGCGAUGAUGAGGACAACGAGAAUACUGCCGCGGACGGCAAAGCUGAGGGAGGCAAGGACGGCAAGAAGAAAACGAAGAAGGAGCGCUCACCGUACGGCGUCUGGAUCGGCAAUCUCCCCUUCACUACCACCAAGGCCGACCUGCGCAAAUGGCUGGUCGACAAUUCGGGCGGAUCCAUUACCGAAGAGUCCAUUACGCGCAUACACAUGCCGACGACGAAGAAGCCCGUGGUAGGAGCCGGGCCGAAGAAAACGGCAUCCGAGAACAGGGGCUUCGCCUACGUCGACUUCGCAUCGUUCGACGCCAACGUCGCAGCCAUAGCGCUCUCCGAGACCGAACUUAACGGGCGCAAGCUGCUGAUCAAAGACAGCAAGAGCUUCGAGGGUCGGCCGAAGAAGGAGGAGUCCGCAGCCGCAGCUGACGCGGCGGAGGCCAAGGCCGCGUCAUCAUUAGAGACCAAGGGCCCCUUCAGCGGCAGCACCAAGAUAUUCGUGGGCAACCUGUCGUUCAACACGACCGAGGACGACCUGCACGCACACUUUGAGAAGUGCGGCAAAAUCCGGUGGGUCAAGGUGGCCACGUUCGAGGACUCCGGAAAAUGCAAGGGAUACGGCUGGGUCAACUUCGAGGAGCCCGAGGCAGCAUCGUGGGCGGUGAAGGGGUUCGUCAAGGUGCGCGAGACGGUCGAGACGUUGGAGGAUUUCAUGGACGAAGACCAGAAGCCCGCAGAGACGGAGGCGGAGGCGGAGGGUGACGGCGACGCGGCCAACGACUCAGGGGAAGAAAAGGCGAAGGAAGAGUCUGAUUCUGACUCCGACGCCGAGUCCAAUUCCAACUCAGACCAAGAAGCAGAGAAGAAGCCAACGCAACCCAAACCCAAAAAGACCACCACUACCACCCCGAAGAAGGAGCCACCCCGAACCCGCACGCGCAAAUGGUGGGUCAACCAGCUGCUAGGCCGCAACCUUAAGAUCGAGCUGGCCGAGGAUGACCAGACCCGCUACCACAAGCGGUUUGGCAAGGGCGCCAAGAAGCACCAGGAGCAACAGCAACAGUCCAGAACCAAGAGGGAGCAAGAGAACGGAGAGCAAGCCAGCGGCGCGGGGGGCGCGGGGGACAACAGCUACAAGAAGGAAAGGAAGAAGGAAGUCAAGAAAGAGGCCAACUACCAGACGGAUAUCAGCGUCGCUCGGCUGACGGGUGCGGCGGUUGCGCCGCAGGGCAAGAAGAUUACUUUUGACUGAGUGUGAAUACAGAGAUACCCUAGCUUGUGGGUGGUGGCGAGCUGGGGUUGAAGCUCCCGUCGGUUCAGGGGGAAGGCAUGUUGAAAUUGCUGACUGGAAGUCCAUGUCUGCCAACAUAUCAUCGAUAUUUC